AUGCCUCCAAGGAAAGUAUUGCAGCAGGACGAUAAUGUGUCAAAGCAGGUAUUACCUCGCACUUUCUACUGCAGUUAUAACAAGUCUGAUCCGUUGAGAAAGCGAGUUCGUUGCACGAGACCUCCCAAUCAACUACAAUUGCAGAACCUGACUUUGCCAGGCCAGCUCGCCCAUGAAGUGGACGGAGGCAGCCGCUUCAGGCGGCGAAACCAGAAGAGGUGGCACGCAAUCCGCCCUGUUGCCGAUGGAGAAAUCAAACCUGCAAUCUCGGCGCUAUCAGCACUGUGCUCUAACCAGCUGAGCUAUCCAGCUGGCAACCUUAACGAGCGAGGAAGCUACAGCCGUUGCGCAGGGACUCCGAGGCAACGCAGCUGCCUCUGCACGGAGUCGAAAGCAGGCGGCCUUGUUCCUGGGCGCGAGCCGAGCUCACAUUGUCGCCCCCUCCGCCCCUGCUCGGCCGCUUCCUUGCACAUUUUUUUUCCCACGUGGGCAGCGGCGCACAAACUCCCCUCCGCCCUCCACUCGAGCGGCGGCAGCGAGUCACUUUUGUUUUUCUCGGGACUUCCUCGCAACUUCCUCCCCGCCGUCGGGCUGGCCAGCGUGGUAUCUGCGGGGCGUGGAGGGCGAUACCAAGCGCGGCGCAGCAGCAGGAGGCGCCAACUCGCUCCAACCCCGAGCCCGGCCGCCUGGCAGAGCCGCGCUUCCCCGUCCCUGCAGGCGAGCCCACCCGCCGCCCUCCGCGGCGGAGGAGACACGGAGGGCAGGCUGCAUCUGCUGCCGCUGCCUCCUCGCCCUUCCCGCACUCCCUCGCUCGGCUCCCUUCCUCGCCGACGCCGAGGCGCGGCUGCAGCUGCGAGGGAGCAGAAGCGAGCCAGCGAGCGAAAGGCGGACUCGCCCGUCGCAAGCAACUCCCAUCUUCCCGGUCAGUCUCGGGGCCCCACCGCGCACCGCGAAGAGUGAGGAAGAAGAGCGCGCAGC